CUGCAAAUAUACAAACAUACAAACACAGAGACUCUCUGACUGUCAGAAUAAAAAGGUUCAACUUGAUCUAAACUAAAGGCCUGUAAACACAUCAGCACCACAGCUGGAUUUAAAGGCAACUGUUCAUUAUUCACAUUAUUAUUUUCUUAAUUCAUCAAUUAAUCAAUUAACCGUUUCUUAAUGGCCUGUUACAGUCUCAUUAAAGGUGCAGUGUGUAGUAUAAUAUUCAUAAAUAUGUUUUAAUUAUUGUAUAAUCACCUGAAAAUAAGAACGUUGUUUUACGUCACCUUAGACUGAACCUUUAUAUCUACAGAGGGAGCAGGUUAUCUUCCACAGAGCCCGCCAUGUUUCUACAGUAGCCCAGAACAGACAAACUGAACACUUGCUCUAGAGCCUUUCGCAUUUUUUCACCAGUUUCGCGGCCACCGUAGAUUCUCCUACGUGCAUGAAAGAGGUGGAUUCUUUUUUUCCUAGGAUGGUAAAAUCACGUCCUGCUUCUCUGUCUCUGAGUGGCGGAUCCUGAUGUCUAAACCAACCAACCAUCGUCGGCUGCAACCUGCAGCUUCACCGCUAGAUGCCGCUAACAUCCUUCACACUGCUCCUUUUAAGAAAGCGAGGCGCUCCCGAACCCGGAAGUACUAGCUUACUUCCGGCUCUCUGCGGGUCAGUUUCUGUUUUCAGCCGCUUCAGUUGAAGAUGGGGGAGGCAGAUGUAACGCUGAACCAGACCGACGAGAAGCCUCCGGACUCCGGGUUGGUUCCCGGGGAGGACUCGGUGGUCUGGAGCCACGAGGUGGAGGUCUGUCUGUUCCACGCGAUGAUCGGACACAAACCCGUCGGAGUGAACCGUCACUUCCACAUGAUCUGCAUCAGAGAUAAGUUCAGUCAGAACAUCGGCCGGCAGGUUUCCUCCUCCGUCAUCUGGGACCAUCUGGGAACCAUGUACGACAUGCAGGCUCUGCACGAGUCGGAGAUUUUGCCGUUUCCAAACACAGAGAAGAGCUUCUCUCUGCCCGAUGACAUCAUCCAGGAGGUGAAAGAAGGGAAGCUGGGCUCAGAGGACGAUACCAAAGAGGAGUUCAGGAUGGAGAGAGAACCUCCUGCUACACAUGAAGAAGGCAGUAACUCCUCGGUGAAGAUGUCGGAGCGAACGAGCAGCAGUCGGGACAAAGAGAGAGAGCGAGACAAGGAGAAGGGAGGGAGUGAAGGAGGAGGAGGAGCGGCGGCAGGAGGAGGAGGAGGAGGUGGAGGAGGAGGAGGAGGAGGAGGAGGAGGAGGGAAGGAGGCGGAGAAGAGGAAGAGGAGUCGAGCGACGGAGAAGCUGCUGUCGUCCUCCAACCCCGCGAGUCCAGGAGGAGCCAAGAGGAGACGCACCUGAGCGGACGGACGGACGGACGGACGGACGGACGAGCUGCCGUCACAGGAUCAAACCUGUGAGCUGUGUGUCACAUGACUGUCUGACCGCUGCAGACAGGAAACAGUUGGCGUGAAGUCGCAGACGGGCGACCGCGCCGCGUUCAAGGUUAUUACAGCAGAAACAGAUCAUAAUAGCCUGUAAUGUUCUAUAAUUAUUAUUCCUUUUGUGUAAUCAUAUCGUGUCCGUGUGUCCCAGUAGUCAAUGUUCAGUGGCCUGGUGUCGGUCCACGGGCCGGGGGUUGGAGACCACUGCUGUAGGGGACGCUAGUGAGGCAGAAGAGUGUUUUUUUUUAAAAUUUCGUUUAAUAGAUUUUUCUUUUUAACUGUGUUUUUGUUUCAUUUUGUGUUUUUUUUUUGCAUCUGAACUCAGUUUAUUCAGCUGUGAA